AUGGCGGCUCCCAGCCUCCUCAACUGGAGGCGGGUUUCCUCCUUCACGGGGCCGGUUCCCCGCGCCCGGCACGGACACCGGGCCGUGGCCAUCCGGGAGCUGAUGAUCAUCUUUGGAGGGGGCAACGAGGGCAUCGCGGACGAGCUGCACGUCUACAACACGGUUACAAAUCAGUGGUUCCUACCAGCUGUUAGAGGAGACAUCCCUCCAGGCUGUGCUGCUCAUGGAUUUGUCUGUGAUGGUACCAGAAUAUUAGUAUUUGGGGGAAUGGUUGAAUAUGGAAGAUACAGCAAUGAGUUAUAUGAGUUACAAGCAAGUCGUUGGUUAUGGAAAAAAGUGAAGCCCCACCCCCCCUCUUCUGGUUUACCUCCUUGUCCUAGGCUUGGACAUAGCUUCUCAUUAUAUGGUAACAAGUGCUAUUUGUUUGGUGGCCUGGCAAAUGAAAGUGAAGAUUCAAACAAUAAUGUCCCCAGAUAUUUAAAUGAUUUCUAUGAGUUGGAGCUACAGCAUGGUUCUGGUGUUGUGGGUUGGAGCAUUCCAGUGACUAAAGGGAUUGUGCCUUCUCCAAGAGAAUCCCACACAGCUGUUAUAUAUUGCAAAAAAGACUCUGGAAGUCCUAAAAUGUAUGUUUUUGGUGGAAUGUGUGGUGCUCGCCUAGAUGAUCUAUGGCAGCUUGACUUAGAAACUAUGUCCUGGUCGAAACCAGAAACUAAAGGGACGGUACCACUUCCACGAAGCCUUCACACAGCCAGUGUUAUAGGAAACAAGAUGUACAUUUUUGGUGGAUGGGUUCCACAUAAGGGGGAGAAUAUUGAAACUGCACCUCAUGAUUCUGAGUGGAGAUGUACCAGUUCCUUUUCUUACCUAAAUCUGGAUACAGCAGAGUGGAUCACCCUAGUAUCAGACUCUCAGGAAGAUAAAAAAAAUUCAAGACCAAGACCACGAGCUGGACAUUGUGCUGUUGCAAUUGGCACUCGAUUAUAUUUUUGGAGUGGAAGAGAUGGCUACAAAAAAGCACUAAAUAGUCAAGUUUGCUGCAAGGAUCUUUGGUAUCUUGAUACUGAAAGACCACCGGCACCAUCACAAGUCCAGCUGAUCAAAGCCACUACUAACUCUUUCCACGUCAAGUGGGAUGAAGUACCUACAGUUGAGGGCUAUCUUUUGCAAUUGAAUACAGAUUUGCCAUACCAAGCUGCAUCAUUGGAGUCCUUAGCAGCACCGAAUGUGCAAGGAAUCAGGAUGGACCCUCACAGACAAGGCAGUAAUAGCAUCAUUCCUAGCAGUAUCAAUGAUACAAUGAACAAUGCAAAAACUGAGCAAUCAGCUGUGAAAGGAACUUCAGUAAAGAAUAAACCAGAUCUGAAGAUAUCAACUGAUCCUAAUGCCAUUUUACAUUCUUCUUUGGCAACUAAUGCUUCUAAUCAUAAUAGUUGUGUGGUGGAUAUGCUAAGGAAAAAUGAAGGUCCUCACACUUCCUCAAAUAUAGGUGUUCUAAGUAGUUGCCUGGACUUAAGAACAGUAAUCCCUGAAACUUCUGUAUCCAGUACUGUUUCCAGCGCACAAACUAUGGUAACCCAGCAGACCAUUAAAACUGAAUCAUCCAGUACAAAUGGGGCAGUGGUUAAAGAUGAAACUUCACUAACAACAUUCAGUACCAAAUCUGAAGUUGAUGAAACGUGUGCACUGCCUGCAACUAAGAUCAGCCGUGUAGAAGCACACGCUACGGCAAUGCCUUUUUCUAAAGAGACUCCUUCAAAUCCAGUGACUACAGUGAAAGCAGGAGAACGACAGUGGUGUGAUGUAGGAAUUUUUAAAAACAAUACAGCUUUGGUGAGCCAGUUUUAUUUGCUGCCCAAAGGGAAGCAAAACAUCUCAAAGACAGGAAAUGCCGAUGUACCUGACUAUAGUUUACUCAAGAAACAAGACCUCGUUCCAGGCACAGGCUAUCGCUUCAGGGUUGCUGCCAUUAAUGGCUGUGGAAUAGGCCCUUUCAGCAAAAUCAGCGAAUUUAAAACUUGCAUUCCCGGGUUUCCUGGAGCUCCUUCUGCUGUCAGAAUUUCAAAGAAUGUAGAGGGUAUCCACCUUUCCUGGGAACCUCCAACUUCACCUUCCGGAAAUAUUUUGGAAUAUUCAGCUUACUUGGCUAUUCGCACAGCACAAAUACAGGAUAAUCCAAGUCAGCUUGUGUUCAUGAGGAUUUAUUGUGGUCUUAAGACAUCGUGUAUAGUAACUGCUGGGCAACUUGCAAAUGCACAUAUUGAUUAUACAUCCAGACCGGCCAUUGUGUUCAGGAUAUCAGCAAAGAAUGAGAAGGGAUAUGGACCAGCUACGCAAGUUCGGUGGCUUCAAGGUAACAAUAAGAAAGCACCUUUAAAUUGAAAUUUUUUUUUUACUGAAGCAUAAAUAAUGAUGAUUAUUUAUUAGUAACUGGUUAUGAAGAUUUGUCACUUAAAAAGAGUAUUCUCUGUAUUUCUAGUACUUAUGAAUUUGAGUUUGUAAGUUGUUCUUUAAAUGUAUUUGCUCAAUUCUAGAUCCAAAUAAAAAUAGAAAAGAAGCAAAGACUCUCUGAAAAUUAGUAUAUGGACUCUUCCUUAUAGUUACAGCUUUUUUAUAAAGGAAAAUAGUAAAAAUUAAGAUAAAAGCUAGGAGGUUUUUAUUACCCAAUAUCUUUUAUAAAGGCCAUUAGCCCAGUCACCCCAGAGUGACUGAGGUGGCUCUAGCAACUGGCUGUCGUGCGUGUGCUGCCCCAUGUAGUAAAUGUUCUCUCUGUGUAAGUGGCCUGUCUUUGAGUGUUUGUUCCCUUUAACUUAGCUCUGUAUGAGCAGUGGUCCUCUAACAACUUACCUUCUGUAUAAUAUUUGUGAUACUUUAAUAGCUGGUUGGUUCCUUUGUUUUAUCUACAGUUAGCACAAAACCUAAGAAAAUAAAAAAUAGGCAAGUUUAGAAACCCUACUUUUGAAUUUUUAUUAUUUUCCAAAAAACAUGGCAAAGUACAAAAAGCAUAAUAGACUUUCCUGAUUGUUACCAGGCUGAUAUAUUGGAAUAUAUUUUUGGCCCAAGCACUUAACUUAUCUGACCCUCAUUUUGCUUAGAUGAGGGAGUUAAAAGAAUUUGCCUUUGAGGCCCUGCUCAGCACUAAAAUUUUGCAUUUUCAUUAGAAAUGAAAUAUAUUCCCAAACAUAUAGCAUUUCUUUUAAUAGCUCUAACUUUGCUUUCACUGAAAUUGAAACAUUAAUAAUUUAAAAUGAAAAAUUUAUAUGUCCUCCUAUUGCAGAAAGAAAAGCACCUUAACAGGACACAAAUUUUGAAAUAGUGUUUUGAGACAUUUGUAAGAUUUUUGUAAAUGCUCUAAAUGUUUUAUUUUUGCAUCGUUUUUACCUCAAACUUGUAUAAACUUUUUUACAACUGAAAUAUAGCAUUAGACAGCUUACUCAGGUUCCAUUACAACCUUAAAGACGCAGGCAGAUAGGCGUUCUGUACACUCUGCUACAGAUAGCUUGUUUUAAAUCUAGGAGUUUCCUGAUCCCACUGCCUGUUAGUGUGGAAUGCACAUAUGAGCAAUAACUGCGGUCAAGGUAGUGCACACCCCGAGCUCAGUAACAGCAGGGGCACAGGUCUCCUAGACCCCGUGUCCUUAUUUAUGCCAGUUGAGGUUGACUGAGUAGCUGUGCCCUCAAGCAUCAUGUAUAAUACCCCUAGCAAAGAUGGAUCUAAUUGUGCAGAGUUGAUAUAAAUGUAAGUUCCAGUUACUAAUUUAAAGUGUAUAGAAUAUUUUAAUAUAUAAUUUUGUAAAGAACUGGGAUUUUUAUACUACAGUGUUUGUAAUUAAUAUGUCUCACUAAUUAAGUUUCUUUUGAAGAAAAUAUGCAAACUAUUAGACACAUAAUGAGUGAUUUCCAAACUCUAAAGGUAAAAUAAAUGCACUACUAUGGUGUUGUUAGAAUACCUUUUAUGUGGCUGUAUGAAUCCUUAAUCUUUAAGUGUGUAUUUUACAAACAAUGUUUACAAGGAGCUUCUCUGGUUGGUUAUCUCAGCACCUCCCUUGGUGAAAGCCUCCUUCUGCAUUUAUUUAACUCAUAUAUGUGUUGCUUUCGACAUAUGCUUGCUUUUUGCACUAGUAGAAUUUUAACUUACCUCCGUAUUAUGUUUGUAAUCAUUUAUAUAGCUCCCAUAAUAUGUCUGACAUAGGCUAAACAAAUACUUAACCAAAGCUGAAAUUUAAAUAAAUGGUAAGCAAUUUUGCACAUAUUAAAUGCUAGGGUUUGUUUUGUAUAUGUGUAUAUUUAGU